AUGCUUCCUGAAGUUAUGAGUGAGGACACCAAAGCAAAUCUUGGCCAAGCUGACUCCUUAUCUGAGUCAUCUGAGUCUACUGUUAUCAGUGACUCUUCGGAAUCAGAUCAGCCACUCAGAAAGGUAAAAAAUAAGAAGCACAUGGACAUCAAAGUUGCAAAACCCACCCAUGCUGGAGUUCAGCAAGGGGCAAGGUUGAGUAGCAGCAGGCUGACUCUCUACUCAGACAGUGUGGUGUGCGUGCAUCUAACAGGCUCUUUGAAUGCAUUCCUCUCCAGAACUGUUUGUGACUGGGCAUCAGCAGUAAAACUAGCGCAGACACUAUCAGAAGGAUUGGCCUAUCUCCAUACAGACUUAAAUAAGAAUGGUGUGUAUAAGCCAGCGAUUGCUCAUUGUGAUCUGAGUAGUCGUAAUGUUCUGGUGAGGGCUGAUGGUUCUUGCGCCCUGUGUGACUUUGGUUGCUCCGUGGUGCUGCAGUGCUUUGGAAAAAGUCAGGCACUGAAGGUUCACUCGGGUGCUGCAGAGGGCUCAGUUCAAAUGGGGACUCUCCGCUAUAUGUCACCAGAAAUCCUGGAAGGAUGUGUGAAUCUGAGCAGUGAUUGGUGUUUGCUACAGGGAGAUGUGUAUUCCUUAGGACUGUUGCUUUGGGAGUUGCUCAUGCGUUGCUCGGACCUCUGCAAAGAUUCUCAGAUCCCAGCACAUAUGUUGCCUUAUGAAGCUGAACUGGGAUUCAGUCCCUCUCUUGAAGAUCUUCUUGCUUUUGUGUCAGAGCAAAGAGCACGUCCAAUGAUACCGCCCCAGUGGUGCCAAGUUUUUGAGCAGAGUGAAGCUCCAGCUAAUCUGCAUUUCCUGGAGAAAGGAUCUUCCCUGCAUGAACUUCUGGAAGAUUGCUGGGAUCAUGAUGCGGAUGCAAGGCUGACGGCACAAUGCGCUGCCAACAGAUUAGCUUCUUCACCCUUUCAUCUAGUGAAAAUCUAAUAUCCUUAUGUACUUUUAGUGACUGGUUUUAGUCUCUAAGGCAAGCCUCAAAAGAACACAUUUUCUUGUUAAAAGAUUAUCAAUCAUUUUAUUUACUGUACUUUUCUGUGUCAGGAAAGGUUAUGUUUCUUUUGCCUAGCAUAAAACAAACUGCACAAAAAACUCCAGUUACAUUAAUCCAGUUACAUUAAUAGUAAAUUGUCAUCCUGGUAAAAAUGUUUAUUCGAUGAAAAUGAGUUGCUGUGUGUUUUUUAAACAUAGACUAUGUUUUCCAUAUUUGUAUAAGUGGGUGAAAGAUGACCAUUUUGACCAAACCUCACACUGUGUUGAAGUUUGUUAUUGUCUUUAUUAAAAAGGUUUUAUUUGUAUUGAU